AUGCGCAUCCUAUUCGUUACCAUUUGUAUUAAUGUGUGCAUCGUUUGCAGUUGUGUGUUUAAGGGGAAGACUUUGAAGGACGGAGAAGAAUGGAGCGACGGAAGAUAUAUAAAAAUAUGCAAAAUUCUACCAACCGGUUGGGAUUACGAUGUCGUUGCGUGUGUGAUACGAGGCCGAGCGAUCAAGCCUGGUGAGAUUUUCACUGAGGGAUUAGACAAGAGAAGAAGAUUCAAGUGCAAAACUUAUCGCGAUGGAAAAGCGAUCAUUGCCAGAUUGUUUUAG